UACAAAAUGUGCACAAUAUAUGUCGCUGUAGACUUAACGUAAGUUAAAAAAAACUAUGAAAACGUUACGUGUUGAAGAUAUUGACGUAGAUGAUAUUUGGAGGGCCCUAGGACCCCUUGGAAAGUUUCAAUGGAAGUAUUUACUAUCAUUUACCUUUACGCUGAUUUCAUGGGCAAUACACCAGCUAUCCAUUGUCUUUAUAGGUUACCGGCCAAGUUUUCAAUGCAGCGCUGCCUUGAAUGACUCCCAACUCAGUAACAUCACCGGUGUGGAAAAGGUUUAUAAAGAAUGCGAAAUAAUAACGUACACUAACACGUCCGCGGGCAUGGUCCAAACCUCAGAGUCGUGUUUAAAUGGUUGGGACUAUGGUAUUCCUGUGGACAGGUCUUUCGUUACAGAGUGGGACUUUGUCUGUGAAAAUGCAGAGCUGGCAGAACUUACAAAUACACUGAUGUACAUUGGCAUGAUGCUGGGAAACUUUGUAUUUCCAACACUUUCUGAUCGACUUGGUAGAAAACCAAUUGUGGUUUUUAGCCAUAUCGCUAUUUUUGGGAUCGUGCUAGGUACGGCAUUUAGUGGAAAUUACAUUGUAUUUGUCGUAUUCCGGGUACUUACAGGUUUUGUCACACAGGGACUCCUUGCUGGAACGUCUCUAUCAUUGGAGAACCUGCCUGCGGAAAUCCGCCAUUACUCCGAGUCGUUUGCCUUGCUGAUAUGGACAAGUGCCAUAGUCCUUAUGUCACCAAUCGCUUACGCUUUGAGCAAUGUAUCGUGGCGAUAUUUGCAGAUUGCAUAUGCUAUACUCAGUGCUACAUCCUUAUUCCAAUGGUGGUUGACGGAUGAGUCAUUGCGAUGGGUCCUUGCUAAUGGUAAAGUUGAUAAAGCAAAAUCAAUAAUAAAGAAGGCAUGCUCACUAAACAACAAAAACUACGAGCAACUGAUAGCUAAAGUAGGACUUGGUCAUUUAGAAGACACCUCUACAAUGGCCGAUGCAACAGAAGUGGAAGAAAUGUUGAAUGGCAAUGAUAACGGCGUAGUUGAUAAGCUUAAGGAAGCUAAUGGCACCAUAGGGAAAACUGAUAUGACAAUUCAGACCAAGAACUAUUCCUUUUUCGACAUUGCCAAAAACCUGCCUGUGCUUAAAGUGUCCUUAAUUAUUUGGUAUAUUUGGGUGUGUGACAGUUUGGUGUACUAUGGUUUAUUCAUGAUAUCAUCGGACCUUUAUGGCGACAGAUACAUCAACUUUUUCUUGAGUGCAGUUAUAGAAUACCCGGCAUGUCUGUUUGAGUUUUUAUGUCUUGCCAGGAUUGGUAGGAAAUGGACAUGUUUGAUAUGUCACAUUGUGGCCGCAUUAAGCUUAAUAAUCGCAACAGCUCUAACAUUCACGGCCGGGGACAACUCUAGUAUGUUAGCUACUGGGACAGCUUUUACAUUAAUAGGAAAAAUGGGCAUUACAGGGGCAUUUAGUACACUUUAUCUGAUGACACCCGAGCUAUACCCCACCAAUGUAAGAACAAUUGGUCUAGGUGUCGCUUCUUUUAUGGGUAAAGUAGGAGCAAUGAUUGCUCCCUUUUCACGGAAUAUAUCUCAUUCAGUGAAAUGGUUACCGGCUUGUGUGUACGCUGCAAUGUGUAUAUUGACUGUUUUCCUGCUUGCAUUUAUACCGGAAACCAACGGGGUGGAACUUCCGCAAACGAUGGAAGAUCUAGCAGAAUGGUACCGCGGUAACAAAUUUGAAAUGAAAAUUGGCAAGAAUAUACAUGUGGAGAAACGGGAAGAGACGGAAAAGAAACCUUUAAAUGCCAACGACCGAAGUAUGCCAACGUUCCAGAAUGCCAUCGUCCUAAGGAUUCUAACGUUCUGGAAUACCAAUGUCCUAAGGAUGCCAACGUUCUCAGAAUGUCAACUUCCUAAGAAUGCCAACCCAAAGGAACUAAACAUGGCCCGAGCUGUUAACGUUGAUCAUAUAUGGAAGACGCUAGGUCCAUUAGGAAGAUAUCAGUUUAAACAGCAAGCGACUUAUCUUCUGUCUCUGAUUUCCUGGGCUUUCCAGGGUCUUAACAUCGUCUUUAUAGGAAACAGACCUGCUUUCCACUGCAAACCUUCUCCGAAUGAUACCCUUCUAAGUAAUGUUACUGGGAUCGAAAAUGAAUACAAACAGUGCGAAAUUAUCCGUUACACUAACACGUCAAGCGGUUUACUCGAGAAAUCAACACCAUGUGACGCUUGGGAAUACGAGCUUCCGGCCGAUCGGUCUUUCGUUACUGAGUGGAAUUUCGUCUGUCAGAACGCUGAACUUGGUGAAUUAACGCAAGUUUUAUACCUGGUGGGGAUGAUGAUCGGAACAUUUAUUUUACCCACAGUUUCUGAUCGAUUUGGUAGAAAGCCAGUAAUGGUACUUUGUCACGUUAUAUUUUUUGCCGUUUCCCUUGCAACAGCAUUCAGUGAGAAUUAUGUGGCGUUUGUGAUAUUCCGAUUUUUGACGGGCCUAUUUCAACAGGGACUAUUGGCAGGUACAACACUGUCUUUAGAGACAUUCCCGACGGAAAUUCGCCAUUAUUGUGCUGUAUGGGCGCUGUUAUUCUGGACAACAGUUACCGGUCUAAUGGCUCCAAUAGCAUAUGCCCUACGAAACUAUCCAUGGAAAUAUUUACAGAUUACAUAUGCCAUGUGCAGUGCGUGGUCUGUUGUACAGUGGUGGAUGAUAGAUGAGUCAUUGUGCUGGCUUAUAGCUAACGACAAGAUUGAAGAGGCGAAGAAGAUCAUAAAGAAAGCAUGUAAAUGGAACAAGAAGAACUACAGAGAAGUCAUGGAUGACAUUGGUUGGGGUGAUCUGGUCGACGGAGAUGUUAAAUCACUUGUCAAGACGGAAGAUCCAUCGAAAGUAAAACAAUUUGACGAUGAAAAUAGAAAGUCAUUUAUUGAAAGGAAAGAAGCGAAUAUGAACGAUUUCUUUGCGCAAAUAUCUGGCAUGAACUACUCGUCAGGGGGAAAACAGGUUGGCGACUUUCAUAAUGGUAGCACUGUUCAUGAAUCGUUAAUUGGUACGGAAAUAGUAUCAAAACAUACUGAGAUAAAUAAUGACAAGCAAGAUGCAGGAGAUGACAAAGAAGAAAUGAAAGUUAUGAAAUACACAGUUUUGGAUAUAUUCAAACAUAAGCGGAUACUGAUCGUUUCGCUAAUUUUGUGGUAUACAUGGGUAUGUGACAGUUUUGUGUACUACGGUCUAUAUCUAUCUUCGUCCAGUCUCUAUGGUGACAGAUUUAUCAACUUCUUUUUGAGUGCGUUAGUCGAAUACCCCGCUUCUUUGCUGCAAUAUUUUGCUUUAUCAAGGAUUGGAAGAAAAUGGACGGCUGUGAUUGGUCAUUUUAUAGCUGCUGUAGGGCUAGCAACUGCCACAGCUUUAACAUACACUGCCGGUGAAAAUACGGGAAUGUUAUCAGCAGCUACAGCCUUUAUGUUACUAGGGAAGACGGGUAUAACGAUUGGGUAUAACACUGUUUAUCUAACAACGCCAGAACUGUAUCCGACUAAUAUGAGAAAUAUUGGAUUAGGGGUGUGUUCAUUUAUGGAAAAGGUUGGCUCCAUGAUUGCCCCUUUCUCAAGGAAUGUGUCAGAAAAGAUACAGUGGCUACCCCCGUGUGUAUUUGCUGUCAUGUGUUUAGUUACUGUUAUACUUUUUGCUUUCGUACCGGAAACUAACGGUGUGGAAUUGCCACAGCGAAUGGAAGAACUAACGGAAUGGUACAGAGUGAAUAAAUUUGAGCUGAAAAUUGGAAAAAAUAAACUCGCAGCUGAUGGAGACAAGAAAAAUGAUACAAGAGUUUGAUAUAUAUAGGAAAUUGUAAAACCGGUCACAUUCCUCGUGUCAAGUGACAUAACGUGACAUUAUAACAAAUAAGGCAAUAAACGCAUAAAAAGGCUUAUUAGAACAUAGUCACUGAUUACCAAUGUGAAUGUUUGCAUAUGUGGUAUUCAGAAAGUUAGGUA